CCCCCCCCCCCCCCCCCCCCCCCCCCCACACGCUUGGAUGGAUUUCAUCGGUGCAAAUCGUGCCCCGCUGCACUCCGUCGCCGCCGCCACUCGACGCAGCGCGUUCCUGCGACCGCUUCGCCACCACGGGCUCGGCAAUCGUUCUGCGGAGACUAAGCUCGGGAUCGCGUCUGGGUGUGGAGGAGGAGGAGGGUGUUUUGGAAAGGUGCAGGGAUUUGAUGCCUUGCGGUUGCGGAGUACCACGACGAAAGUUCAGAGCGGGAAGGCGGGGAGAAGUGUGAUAAAGGAAAUGGGGCACACCUCAUCUGGCAAUGAAGUGCCCUUGAAAUAUUCUUCAGGCAAAGCUUUCCCCCUAGGAGUGUCACAAGUUGACGAUGGGCUAAAUUUUGCAAUAUUCUCACAGCAUGCUUCUUCUGUCACCCUUUGCUUGAAACUUCCUGAGAGAGGCACCCAAGAUGAUGCGGACAUUAUAGAGUUUGCUUUAGACCGCCAGAAGAACAAAACUGGAGAUAUAUGGCAUGUGUCAGUGGAGGGUUUGCCUGCUUCUUGUGUUCUCUAUGGGUAUCGUGUUAGCGGUCCUCAAGGGUGGCAACAAGGUCAUAGAUUUGAUGACAGCGCUUUUGACUCCAAAAAAAACCCUUAUGCAAAAUUAGUUUCUGGUCGAAAGCACUUUGCAGUUGAAAAAGAGAAGCCAAGCCAGCUUUUCGGAACAUAUGAUUUUGAUAGCUCCCCUUUUGACUGGGGUGACAAUUAUAAGCUUCCUAAUUUGCCUGAGACAGAUCUUGUUAUAUAUGAAAUGAAUGUCCGUGCCUUCACUGCGGAUGAGUCAAGCAAGCUUGGUCCAGCCAUUCGUGGAAGUUACCUUGGUGUCAUUGACAAAAUUCCUCAUUUGCUGGAACUUGGCGUUAAUGCAGUGGAGCUACUUCCUGUUUUUGAGUUUGAUGAGCUGGAGUUUAAGAGAUUCCCUAACCCAAGGGAUCACAUGGUAAAUACAUGGGGAUAUUCUACAAUCAACUUUUUUGCACCCAUGAGUCGUUAUGCUAGUGCGGGUGGUGGACCUGUGGCUGCUUCCAAAGAGUUCAAACAGAUGGUGAAGGCAUUUCAUAAUGCUGGAAUUGAGGUCUUGCAGAGUACCUCUUUACUUGCUGCUACAUGUUCUAAGUUCCAAGUCCAUGGAGAGACUUAUAUGAUGGAGCCUCAUCAAUUUCUGGAUGAAUUUAUGAGAAAACAAAUUGUUGUCCUUGUAGGUCUAUUACAUAUUAGAUCUCAACAACAGUGCACAGCUGCUGAACUUCUCGGGUUGCGGGAAUACACUAAACUGCAACCAUCCUGUUGUCAAGGAGCAUGUACUCGACAGUUUGAGACAUUGGAAAUUGCCAAAGGCUCUGUAUUGUCUAGAUGUAAGAUCAUUGCUGAACCUUGGGACUGUGGUGGCCUUUAUCUAGUAGGGAGGUUCCCUAAUUGGGACAGGUGGGCUGAAUGGAAUGGGAAGUACAGAGAUGAUAUUCGAAGAUUUAUUAAGGGAGAUCCUGGUAUGAAGGGGGUGUUUGCAACUCGUGUUUCUGGUUCUGCAGAUCUCUACCAGGUGAACAAUCGGAAGCCUUACCAUAGUGUGAACUUUGUAAUUGCUCAUGAUGGAUUUACUUUAUGCGACCUUGUUUCGUAUAACUCCAAGCACAAUGAUGCAAAUGGAGAAGGUGGUCGUGAUGGGUGCAAUGACAACUACAGCUGGAACUGUGGCAUUGAAGGAGGAACAAAUGAUUUGAAUGUGUUAAGUCUUCGUUCUAGGCAAAUGAAGAACUUCCAUGUGGCAUUAAUGAUUUCCCAGGGCACUCCAAUGAUGCUGAUGGGAGAUGAAUAUGGUCACACGCGUUAUGGAAACAACAAUAGCUAUGGACAUGAUACUCACAUAAAUAAUUUUCAGUGGGGCCAGUUGGAAGAAAGAAAGGAUGGCCAUUUCAGGUUUUUCUCAGAGAUGAUCAAGUUUCGUCAUAACCAUCCUAUACUGAGACGAGACAGGUUUCUCAACAAAGUGGAUACCAACCUGGAAUCACCAAAGGAUAUUGUCCCAGAAGGGGUGCCAUUCACAGGUUCAGGGUACAGGAUUGCUCCUUACUCUUUUUUUGAAGAUUCAGUAGGGGAAGCCCCUACUGAGAUUUUAUUGAAAAUGAAAAAUGAAAAGGUUACAACUUAGCCUGGUUACAAAAGAUAAUCUGAAAGAUCUAAUUAAACAGUUACAAGCAUUGGAGUAAGUA